CAUUUCGGAAGCAGUUAGCUCGCAGAAAUACUGUGCAAAAACUUGUACAUCCCGAAUAAGAUAUUUAAAUGUGAAAUUGAAAUGUAAAAUCAGAAUACUAUCAUGUAAUUCACAUUUCUGUCGGAACAAACAAUUGAGUUUAGAAGAUCUACCCGGACGAGAUAGUGGAUGAACACAAGAGAACGCACGGGUAACGACGGAGGGAGAUUUGAUUUAGCUGGCUAACUUAGCAUUUUUGUUUGUUUGAAAAUGGACAACUUGGACAAGGACAUACAAGCCACUGCGAAAGGUUUUCAUUGUAUUCUAUGCAAUGUGAAUGUGCCCAAUAAGGCCAGUUUGGAUGCCCAUUUGAAAGGACGAAAGCAUGUGAAACUAAGCACUGUGCGGGCGACGCGGAAGGCUCAGGUGGAGCACAGUGUGUUUGUCAGUGGGAUCAGACCGGAUACAGCACAAGCGGACCUUGUUGGCUACUUCCAAAAGUUUGGACCAGUGUCGGAGGUUAUUAUGGACAAGGACAAGGGUGUGUACGCUAUCGUAGAGUUCAGUGAGAAGGACAGUCUGCAGGCCACUCUAGCACAGCUAGAGCAUGACAUGAACGGUCUGAAGCUGCGGGUGAAACCCAGGGAGACCAAGGAGUUCAAACUCAUCCUGAAGAAGAGGCAGGAUCCAAAGAACCUGCAUCAGAUACUGGAGCGUCUCACCCCGGAGCUGUGCCAGACAACUUCUGUGAAUGAGCAGAUGCAAAAGGUGGUGGAGAGAUUUCAGCUAGGGGAGAACGAAAAGAAGGCCAGAGAACUGCUGGUUCAACUGCUCCAGGAGGUGUUUACAGAAUUUUUCCCAGACAGUCAGAUCUUGCCCUUCGGUUCCUCUGUCAACACAUUCGACAUCCACUCGUGUGACCUGGACCUGUUCCUGGAUCUGUACAACACCAAGGUGUUCCAAGCCCAGGCCAAGUGUUCUUCAGAACAGGCUGGCGAAGGCCCGUCGGACGACGCCCGGUCUGAGGACUCCAUCUUGUCCGACAUCGACCUCUCCACCGCCUCGCCGGCCGAGGUGCUGGAGCUGGUAGCCACCAUUUUGAGGAAGUGCGUCCCCGGAGUACACAAGGUCAUGCCGGUCAGUGGCGCACGCCUGCCCGUGGUCAAGUUCAUCCACAAGGAGCUCAACCUCCAGGGGGACAUUACCAUCAAUAACAGACUGGCGGUGAGAAACACCCGUUACCUGCAGCUGUGCUCCGGGCUGGACUCGAGGCUUCGCCCCCUGGUGUACACCAUCCGCUACUGGGCCAAACAGAAGCAGCUGGCUGGUAAUCCCAGUGGGGCUGGACCUCUGCUGAACAACUAUGCUUUGACCCUGCUGGUGAUCUUCUAUCUGCAGAAGUGUGAUCCUCCCAUUCUUCCCUCAGUCAACCAGCUCAAGGACAUGGCCUGUGAAGAGGAAGUGUGUGUGAUCGAGGGCUGGAACUGCACCUUCCCCAGUCAGCCCAUUGCUGUGCCGCCCAGCAGGAACACCCAGGAUCUGUGUGCCUUGCUCUCCGGCUUCUUCUCCUUCUAUGCCCAGUUUGACUUCGCCAGUUCGGUCAUCUCCAUCAGGGAGGGCUGUUCGCUCCCUGUCACCAGCUUUCUCACCCGGGAGAAGGCCAACGGGGACAACGAGGAGCCCGAGAGGUCCCUGGGCCCUAAGCUUGGGCCCCUCAAUGUGUUGGAUCCCUUCGAGCUGCGCCACAAUGUGGCGGGAAACCUGACGGAACGUAGCCAGAGGAACUUCCAACGAGAGUGUCAGGAGGCGGAGAAGUACUGCCGCAGCUUGCAGUACCAGCGCAAGUCGACCAAAGGGAAGGUGUGGGGCCUGGUACGCCUCUUCACCCCCCGGGAUGAUGACAGUCGCAAGGUGACAGAGGGGGGCGAGAGGGAGCUAGCCGUCAGCGUCCCCUUCAAGCUGGCGGCACUCCCCGAGGCGAUCCGUGGCCAGCUGCACUCUGCCGGGGACGGCUUCCGCCUGCUCUGGUUCCAGAAGGUGUGUUCCGCAGUCGAGGGGCUGUUCCAGGAAGUGCUCAGGUGCAGUCUGACUGACACUGUCAUUGGGAAAAACACAGAGGGGAAUACAGUGUCCCCUAUUGGCAAAUCGACAAAUGACCAGGGCCAGGACACCAGCCGCCGCGCCUCCACCAGCAGCGACUGCAGCCCCAAGAGUAAGGCCACCCCGGGGGCCAAGAGAGCUCUGCCGUCCUCCGAGAGCAGCGACGCCUCGCUGUCCCCACAGGGCAAGAGGCCCAGACUGGACAGUCACACCGGGCCCCAGCCAGACUCCCCGCAAUGGACCUAUGUCCAGACGCACAGGGUUUGGGCGGGUCGCCGGAAGGUGAGGAGGGAGCUGGUCAAAGGUGCGAUGGAUGUGGAUUCCAGGCCGGAGGGCAGCAGCGUGGAGCUAGAGACUCAGGUGACCCGGCACAUCAUGGAAAAGGAGCCGGAGGACAAGGAGCCACUGUUGUUCCAGGUUCAGGCCCAGUUGGUGGGUGGCACGGAGAGCACCAGGGCGGUGAUCACAUUCCGACCUUCUGCAGAUGGGGCCGGACUCUUCCAGGACUUCUUUCACUUUCUGGAGAUGUUCCUGCCCAAGAUGGCCGACACACUGAUGGGAAAGAUGGUGUAGAAGAUGGAUGCUGGAGUGUUUUGUGGAUGACUUGUGUUUUCUGAUAGUCAUCACAUUGGGUGAAACUGGACAGUUUUAGAAAGUUAAUGUUAUGAGUGAUUUUAGUUGUUUGAACCUGUGUUGUUGUUUUUUUUGUACCAUUCCAUCUAAUAUAGCUCUAAAGUGUUAUGAAAGUAAGUAAAGCUUCAAUUAAUGAAGCAUGGAAAAAUAUUGUAAAUAUUUGUUUGUGUUCAGUUAAGUUUUUAUUUCUCUUUGUUAUGACUGGCACAUGUUUUAUUAAGUGCUGAGCAGCACUGUUUUGUUUCAGUGAUUUAUUAGAUUUUCAGUGAUUUAUUAGAUUUUACUUCUUUGUUUUCAAGUGUGCCCUCCUUAUGAAAAAAAUAACGUAUGAUGGAAAUGUAUUGAGAUGCUAUUGCCUCUGCGCACAAUCACUAUUAACUGAGACUGUUGUCAAUUGUUUUCACCAAAUUAGAUGGAGAGAAAAAAAUAAACCAACCUUUGCAGUUUAA